AUGGCCCGCGCGCUCCUCGCCUUCGCCGGCGUCGCCACGACGGCGGCCCUCGUCGCGCCCUCCACGUCGGUGCGCGCCUCCGCGCCCCUGCGCGAGUCCUUCGGCUUCGACUUCGUCGAGGACCAGGCCGCGAACACGCCGUUCGAGAUCCUCGGCGAGCGGCGCCUCAAGACCGAGUGGGUGCGGUCCUACAAGCCCACGGCGACGGUCAUCGAGGGCAAGCCCUACCCCCUCUUCCAGGAGCUCCAGGACAAGAAGAUCCUCUCCGCGACGGCCGAGUCGGGCCUCCUCGGCGCGCUCGACGACCUCGGCCUCACGCUCAGCGACGUCGAGAAGCUGCUGCCCAUCGUCGACAAGUCCGGCGCCCUCGGCCUCGCGAAGAACAACCUGCCCCUGGCCAUCGUCGCCACGGGCUACCUCCUCAUCGAGCCCGCGCCCGUCCUCAUCCCCGUCCUCGGCGCCGCACUUUCCGUGUCGAGCGGCGUCUGGACCGCGAUCGCCGCGGCGACGACGGCGGCGGAGGUCGGGCGUCGCAUGCGCGCGGCGCUCGUCGUCGUUUUGCGGGCCCUCGCGGCGGCCGCCGACAACGCGACGGACUGCGUCGCCUUCUGCGGCCGCGGCGAGGGCGGCCUCUCGAACACCUUUGCGUUCCUGAACAUGGCCUACGCCUACGCGCACCAGAGCGGCCGCCGGUUCCUCGUCACGGCGCUCGCGCCGCCGGACGUCGCCAAACACGGCUUCGUCGAGACCGAGUUCGCGGACGUCCUGGGCCCGCCCGAGUGGACCUGCGCGUCGCGGCUCUCGGCGCCCAAGGCGCGCGCGCCCCGGGGCCCGUUCGUGCGCGACGUCGCGUGGAAUCGAGACCGCAAGUACUUCCAGCGCGGCGUCGACGUCGCGGCCCUCGAGAAGGGCCUCGAGGUCACGCGGAGCGGCUUCGCGCGGGCGCCGCCCGUCGCCGGCUGCGCGUCCGUGCUCCAGUGGCGCGUCGCCGACCCGCGCGCGACGUGCGGCGCGGACCAGGCCGCGCUCGGGAAACCGUUCGCGCACCGGCGGUCCAUCAAAAACUGCACGGCGGCGCGGACGAAGGCGCCGUUCUGGCUGUCCUACGACUACGCGGCGACGCGGCGCUUCUUCCGCGAACGGUACCCGCGGCCGCCGCGGCGGCCGCUCGGCGCGGUGCGCGCGGUGCUCCACUACCGCCUCGGCGACGUCGAGGCGCCCGCGGCCGACGGGACGUCGCUCCACGCGCUCAAGGUCGAGAAGCGGGGCGCGCUCGACGCCGCGCUCGCGGACGUCGCGGUCCUCGGGGCGCUCGCGGCCCGGGGCUGGACCGUCGCCGCGCGCGUCGCGUCCGACUCGCCGGGCCACGCGGAGGUGGCGGCGCUGGAGCGGGCCCUCGCCGCGGCCGUCGGCGCGGCGGCGCCGCCGGCCCCGGCGUCCGCGCGCGCGGACUUCGACGACAUGGCGACCGCGGACCUGCUCGUCUGCGGCGGCAGCGGCUUCUGCCAC